AUGUCACACUAUACUGUCUACCUUGUCGAACGUUUGGGCAUGCCUCGGAACCAUCAAGUCAUCUUUGUUGAAACAUCACCCGAAAAUGAAACGGGCUUACAGUACCAUGUCACUGGAACUGUGCAGAUCGGUAUGGUAUUUGAGAUCAAGAAAGAGGAUACAAGUCCCCGAGAGGAAUCAUCGUUCGUCUCAAUGUCAAAGCUGGGUUUGGUCAAGGCUAGUGACAUCGACCGCUUGGAGUCGAUCUGUCGAUCCAAUCCUCCACCAUCUAAACAGUUUAACGGACCCCAUCGUAUCGACAAGACCAAGCCUCUCCGCCGUUGCCAGGAGUGGGUAAGCGAGACUGUUGAGCUUCUUAGAGCUGAAGGUGUUCUUGUCUAG